AAAUAGGCCCGGGUCCAUCACCCGGUACAGUAUCCCUAACCACCCUUCUUCUCCAAAACUACAGUCUUGAUACCGCGCCAGACGCCCACGGCAGUCGACACUCGGUGGCGGUAGUACGACUCAACCUCACGUUCCUCACCACUCACCUCAGGAAGUAAAGAAGAUGACAUCUCUUCGCAUUUCCCAAUCCUUUAUCUCAACCAGAUCUUCAGAACUUCAUAAUGUCACUGAGAUCAACAAGAUGAAUUCUCUCUGUGUUCCUCAAUCCUUUUCAAUUCAACUUCCAAAGUUUCUCAAGCAUAAGACAGGUAGAUUUUUGGGAUUAAAGGAGAAAGGUCUUAGCGUGUUUGCAUCUUCAACAAAUGAAACUGUGCUUCAAAAUUAUAUACCGGAAGCUCCAAUAUUACUCCCUGAAGGCCCAUGGAAGCAGAUUCCUGGGGGUAUUACUGCUCCGAAGGGGUUCAAGGCUGCAGGAAUGUAUGGUGGCCUUCGCGCUAAAGGAAAUAAGCCUGAUUUGGCACUGGUAACUUGCGAUGUAGAUGCAAUUUCGGCAGGAGCAUUUACCACAAAUGUGGUUGCAGCUGCACCUGUGGUGUACUGCAAAAAAGUGUUACAAUCAUCAACUAAAGCACGUGCUGUGUUGAUAAAUGCUGGUCAAGCAAAUGCAGCAACAGGUGAUGCAGGUUACCAGGAUGUGGAAGAAUCCGUUGCUGCCCUUGCCAAACUACUCCAAUUAAUACCACAACAAGUCUUGAUAGAAUCCACUGGUGUAAUCGGUCAGAGAAUAAAGAAGGAGGCUCUUCUUAGUUCACUACCUAAACUAGUUAGUCUGCUGUCAUCAUCUAGUAUGGGGGCGGAUUCUGCAGCUGUUGCAAUUACAACCACUGACCUUGUGAGCAAGAGUGUGGCAGUAGAGUGUGAGGUUGGAGGGACACGUGUAAAAGUUGGAGGAAUGGCAAAAGGUUCUGGCAUGAUACACCCUAAUAUGGCAACAAUGCUUGGUGUUAUAACAACGGAUGCAUCAGUAACAAGUGAGAUUUGGAGAAACAUGGUCCACAUUGCUGUCAACCGAAGCUUCAAUCAGAUUACUGUAGAUGGAGAUACCAGUACAAAUGAUGCUGUCAUUGCCCUGGCUAGUGGAUUAUCUGGGUCAGACACAAUAUCUUCUCCAGAUAGUUCUGAGGCGAAGCAGUUGCAGGCAUGCCUUGAUGCUGUAAUGAGAGGCCUUGCAAAAUCAAUAGCUUCUGAUGGAGAAGGAGCAACAUGCCUAAUUGAGGUCAUUGUUACUGGUGCAGCAAAUGAAGUAGAAGCAGCAAAGAUUGCACGCACAGUGGCAUCUUCUUCACUUACUAAGGCUGCAAUAUAUGGUAGAGAUCCAAACUGGGGACGCAUUGCAUGUGCAGCUGGUUAUGCAGGGAUUCCUUUUGAUCCAAACAGUCUUCGGAUAUCACUUGGGGACAUUCAUCUCAUGGAGGCGGGACAACCACUACUUUUUGACAGGGCUACUGCAUCUGAAUAUCUUAGGAAGGCUGGUGAAACCCAUGGUACUGUCAAAAUACAUAUAUCUAUUGGUGAAGGUCCUGGAAGUGGACUGGCAUGGGGAUGUGAUCUAAGCUAUGACUAUGUCAAGAUUAAUGCGGAAUAUACUACUUGAUCACUCAGUUUCCAUGGCUGCUGUCAAAUAACAGGUUUUAACCAUUUCAGAGUUAAAAAAAAUUAUGUGUUGUAUUGUGUAGGGAAUAUUUUUUUUUCUCUUAAUGGAUCUUAAGAGUAUUGAGGAUUUUCUGUAUUUUAUCUAUAAAAACGACAUUUAAUCCUAGUUUAUUUACAAUGAUAUUUAUUCUCAAUUAAGAUGAUGUUAAAUUUAUUAUUGUUUUGUCCUAA